UCCGCCCCUCCCCCUCCUCGCCAUCGGGUAUAUAUAACUUGCAGCUCCAGCUUCUGUGUCUACUCCCUCUUUCCUACUGAAGAAGGCCCAUGGCUAUCGGGAGGCUUCGUGGAGAGCUCGAUCAGAACGACACAGACCUCACCGGUGUCAAGCGCAUGAGAUCGUUCCCUUCUUUCUCCUCCGCGUUCACGGAAGCUGUCGUCACCGUCCUUCGUAAAGUGGUGCAUGAGGAGGUUCACAGUCGUGUACUUCCUUAUGUGGCUUCACUGCAGAGGCCAAGCCAACUGCGUAUUGGGGAGGUGGAGGCGUCAUCGAACUGGCGACUCGUCUUCACGAGGCCAAUAUUACCCCAGAUCUACACCAAAAGCAAGGUGGAAGACCAAGACAACAGGCCGCUCCAAGUCAAACUUGUAGACACCCGGACUGGAGAGAGCCCUGCUCUCUAUCCUCGAUCGGCUUUGAAGGUGGAAGUGGUGGUCCUCAAUGGCGACUUUCCCUCACGGGACGACGACGACUGGACCGCCGAAGAGUUCAACAGGAACGUAGUGAAGCAACGGGAGGGAAGAGCGCAGCUGCUCGUGGGAGACCGCAAGGUUGCAGUAUGUGAAGGCAUGGCAUCUUUCGAGGAUCUCGAGUUCACAGAUAACUCGAGUUGGGUACGAAGCGGAAGGUUUAUAUUUGGUGUAAGAGUUGCUCCCGGGAGCUAUGAAGGACCGAGGAUUAAGGAAGCAGUGACCAAACCUUUCAAGGUUUUAGACCGCCGAGGAGAAUCGUAUAAGAAGCACAACCCCCCACGGCCUCACGACGAGGUGUGGAGACUCAAAAAGAUUGCCAAGGAUGGAGUCUUCCACAGGAGUUUGAGAGAUGCGAACGUGAGAACAGUGCGGGAAUUCUUGAGGCUACUGAACAACGAUCGGAACGCUCUCCGAGGAGUAAGCAACAGCUGUAUCAAUGAGAUGUUCUCGAAGUCUGUGAUAUUAAUCGUCUCCUUUUAUCAGAUUCUAAAAGGCAUGACGGACAAGGCCUGGAAAGCAGCUGUAAGGCACGCAAUGACCUGCAGCCAUGGGGAAGACCAAUUCCCUCCUUGUCAGGGGCAUCAGCAGACGGAAACUGUCUCGUCCGGUGGACACUUUGCAAUGCAACAAGUUAAUUCUGCGACACAAGGUUUGCCAACAACAACAAGAUAUCAAGAAGAAAUAGUGAUUCCUCCAAACAACGUGCAAACAGAGUCCAGUAUGUUGAUUGAAGACAUUCAGUUUGACUUAUAUAAUGGUUUAAUAUCUUUCACAGGAUCUACCCAACUUGAUGUGGACUACCCAACUUGAUGUGGACAAACAAGAUCAAGCAACAACAUCUUUCACAGGAUCUUAAUUAGAAAGAAUUGACCGAGCAAGAACAUCAAGGUUUAAAUCUUGCUCUUUAGAUUCCUUUCAGUCUUGUAUCAGAUUUGCCUGUAAGAUAGCAAUUGUAAUUCCACAUGAUGAAGAUGUACGUAUUAUGAUGGAUCUAUAACAUAAUUUAGGCUUCUGAGUUGAAAGCAUGUAAUAAAAUUUAUGUUUCGGAAA